AUGCAGACGUUGAUUCUGAGCCUUUCUCUUCUUACCCUCGGAAUCGCGCCAACUGCCCUUGCGGGCUCUGAUAAACUCUGCGUCGAGGUUGCAGAUGAGUUCAUGCCUGGCGAGUGCUCUGUCAAAAUAAUCUGGGGUCGCCUAAGAGAUGCAACUGUGGGUGAUACCCCUCUAGACUUUCCACCUCCCUUCAAUUACAGCAUCCAAGGCACAUUCUUCGAUGCAAACGGGAGGGUAAUCUCAGAUCAAUCAACCCUCGGGGAUUGUAGUAAUGUACAUGCGAAAGAACAAAGCGAUUGUCGCUUUGGUUCCAAAGUUUUCCCUUAUAAAAUGAAAGUUGCGCCGGGCGCGGGCACGGGAGGGGACUUUUUGCAGUUUAACUAUGGGGAUCUAGAAUGGCAUACGAACUCCAAUCCCUCAGACGGGCGGAAGUUUGUAGGGGACAAGACCAAGGGGAGCGGGCCUUGGUGUAAUGUGAAGACCGAUUGGACCAAAUGGUCGGGAGAGAUGGAAACAGACGGUGAAUCGUUUGUUUUACCCUCUACUUAUGAUAAAACCAAGGACCAAAAGGUUGAGACGAGAGAAGUGGAAUGCUCCUUCGCAUGCGAUGUAUUCGUUGUGGACGCGAGGCCCGGGAAGGGAAGUUUUAAGAAAUGUUCGGAAAGGAAUAACAAUCCCGUUGAGUGUCCUCCCCCAAUAUCAAUACCGGUGCCAGGUCCCCCUAUGCCGGUUCCCAUCCCUAUUCCUUGUAUACCUGCCCCUUGCGCACCUCCUCUGGUCGUUCCUCCUGUUCCUCCUCUUCCCCCCAUUGCAAACGGAACUAUCACGGGGACACUGCCAACCCUACCACCACCCCCAACGAUGAUGCCCGUUCGGGCGAAAACGACAAUUGAGACUAGGACCAGAACUACCAGCUUAGAUGAUGGACAAGGCCAAUGA